AGUGUGUGUGAGGGAGAAGAGGAAAGCCGUCAGUAGAAUGGAUAUGUGCCCUCUCUUCUCCACCCUUUCUUCUCCUUCUCCUUUUCCUUCUUCUCUGUCUGUCUUCACCUUCCUCUGCCAGCGCUGUACCCUGGGCACCCUCAGUGCCAGCCCUCGGGGAAAAGGAGACUCGCCGGUUGGACAGGCGGCUGAAAACUGAACUUCAAUGUCAGCGGGGGAUCAGAAGAAUGGUGGUGACAAACCAGAAGACACGCUGCCAGUGGCUGACGUGUGGCCAGAGGUGGAGAGGGCCGAGUGUUUAGCCCGUGGUGCUGCCCUGAAGUGGGCGUCAGGUGUUUUCUGUCGACCCGAGAAUCUGGAACGCCUGAGCCAGUACAGGAAGCGAGAGAGCCAGAGGACCGCCUCCAUACACAGCAGACUCAAGUCCAUGGUGCAGUCGUAUCUGGAGGGGGUAGGCUGGGGUCUGGAGCAGCUGCGGGAGGCCAGGGCCGAGCUGAAGGAGGUGUCACACGCUUUAAAGAAAUCAGGACUGGAGUCCAAUCAAAACACAGAGGGAGUGAAGUCCCUGGAGAGGCUGAGAGAAGUGUCGGUCAACCACCGUCAGCUCCUCGCUGCUGUCAGCAACCUGCCACGACUUUACUCCGUGCGUAGCAUGGUGUUGGAGACUGAGCGUCUGGUGGAGUCCCGGCGGCUCCUAGAGGCCCACGCCCGGCUGAUGGAUCUGGAGCACUGGCAGGACGACAUCCUCUGGCAGCUCCACGGGGCAGCAGGAAGUUCACUCAGCGCAGAGGACCAGGAGCUGGUGGCCAAAUAUUUCUCUGGUGUCGGGCAGCUGGUGGACGCCCUCGGUAAGGAGCUUUGGGCGGUGGUGAGCAGUGCUCUGGCUCUGGCCAGACAAAACCCCACACCAUUUGUAUCAGCGGUGAGGAUAGUGGAGCGAGAGGAGGCCCUGGACCGAGCUUUACUGGAGGAGAGAGGUGGGACCCGAGGCAACAUUAGACCCCUGCCCCCGGGACGGCCUCGCUGCUGGAGAGCAUGCUUCUUCCAGGUACUAGAGGAGGCGGUUUCUGCGCGGUUUCGCAGCGUUUCCUACCUGCACACGCGUGGGCCAGGUCUGGCAGGGCACCUCUCUGCUCUCCAGCACGGUAUCAUGGCCGACCUGGCCACCGUACGGCACUUGCUGGAGCACUGUGUCCCGCCACACUACCAUCUGACAGGAGCCUACCUGAGGGCCAGCCACCACUGUUUACAUGCUCACCUGGCACAGGUUAGCAGCUGGGACCUGGAGAGUGGUGAAAUCUUUGCUGUGCUCAACUGGGUGCUGCACAUCUACAACAGCCCAGACAUGAUGGGUGACCCAGAGCUGGUGGCUGAGCUGGAGAAACAAGAACUAGGACCUCUCAUCUCCACAGAGGGACUGGAUCAGCUGCAGAACAAAUAUGUGCAGAGUGUUCGGAAGAGUGUAUCAGAGUGGAUGCACAAAGCUCUACAGGUGGAGCUGCAAGACUGGCAGAGAGACCAGGAGCCAGAUACAGACCACGAAGGUUUCUACCAAACCAGCCUGCCCACCAUCAUCACACAGAUGCUGGAGGAGAAUGCCCGGGUGGCUCUGAUGAUCGGAGAAUCCCUACGAGAUCAGACUAUACAGAUGGGACUGUAUGAGAUGGAGAACCUUCUGAACAGGUUUCGGGAAGCUCUGGUGGAAUUUGGGAAGGAGCAUCGCAGGGAUCCGAGCAACAACAAAAACAAGUUCUACCUCCACUAUCUGCUGGCCUCCAUCAGCAACUGCAUCAUCCUCAAGAAGUCCACAGAGAGCCUGCAGCAGCAGCAGUCAUCUCGGUCGGCGGGGCAGUUCUCUCGGACUCCUCCCAACCCUCUGGCAGCUCUGGACCGGGCAGUGAGACGGGCGUGUCGCCUGGUGAUGGAUAAGCUCCUGCUGGACCUUCAGCCUUUCCUCCCAGGCCUGCUGACCCGACCCUGGCUGGUCCAGGGAGACCCCACCCCUAAACUCUGCUGUGUCCUGGAGCGUCACCUGGAGCUGUACAGCCGCGUUCGGCCUCCCUGCCAACAGCGUCUGCAGGAGGAGGCCCAGUGGCUGAUGGUGGUGGAGUAUGUCCGGGCUCUGAUGCAGAAGAGGCUGGUGUGUCGCAGUGCAGAGGAGAGGAAACAGCUGGCCCAGCAGAUGAUCCAGGAUGACCAACAGUUUAGAGAAAUCCUCCACGGCCUGGAGGGGGAAGGGUCAGUACCAGAGGUGAAUCCUUUGGCCUUACUACCUGUCCUGGCUGACUUCAUCCGACUGAAAGACCCUGGCAUGCUUACUCUGGAAGUCUCUGGACUCGCAACCAAAUACCCCGACAUCAGUGAAGAGCAUGUGUCUGUGCUGCUGGACAUCCGCGGUGAUGUCUCUAGGGACAUCAGAGGGGCUGUUCUGGACUUGCUGGAGCAGAGCGCCCCCCCUCUGCCUGCAGGCUACCGACCCAUCUUCACCGACAUCCUGGUGCCGCCCUCCACCAUGGCUUUCUGUCUGCCUACUGCAAAGUGCGCAUGACAGGGACUGAAACUCAGAUGUUCGCAUUAAAAAUCCAGAUGGAUCUGGUUCUCAGACCAUCAAGCCUGUCGCUACAAUAAAUUAUGCAAGAGCAAUCAGAAAGAUGCUGGUGAAUCUGUUCCAGUUCUGUUGACGGAUGGCCGGCCUGUGUUCAAGUCUGCCACUCGUUAUUCAUUCAGGGAGCAACAGCCUUGUUUGUUCCUCUGCACCAUCCUGCUUCACACUCACAAUGUUACUCACAUCAUUCAUACUGGGAACUGCCCAGUGCCAUUAUCACUUUCUCCUGUUGUUGCUCCUUAACAGUAUCAGUUGAGUGAGGGGAGAGUGGCAUAUUUUCAUGUCCUUCACCUACAGUUUACCAGGGAUUUGAGCUGGUGACUUGCUGGUCCAGGUCUAACUUCAGCUGAAACUUAUUUGUCUGGUAGACCUCUGGAUCUAUAAGCCACUGUGGCUAAAUUUGGUUACAAUGGCACAACUUAUCAUUUGCCCUAGCCAUUUAUGCUGCAGAUUUAACCAGAGUUGGACAUUUAAACUGCAGUAAGCAGCUUUAAACAACUCAGCAUGAUGCUAUUGUUAAUAACUGAUUUUCCUUGACAGUACUUUCUACAGAACAAGUGGGUCUAGAGAAAUAUUCAUGGGGUGUUCAGUAGGUGGCAUGGAAACUUUAAGUGGUGACAGAAAUAUAUGCUGAUUUAAUCACAAACAUUCACACAUAUAAAUAUUUGCUUGGAAAAGCCCCCAAAACAAUAUAUAUGCACUCACACAUUACAUUGUUGUGGCACAGUAGUAUUGAAUGUCUUCAGACAUUUUUUUUUCAGAUCUUUAUUCAUUGAACCAAUCAUGAAGCCUAUCACUUAGUCAAAAUGUGGCCAUAACAUAUCAUUAUUGUUAUUAUUUUUUUAAUUAUUCUAAAUAAAUGACUUAAAUUUGACAGCAUACUGGGGUGGCAGUGUUUAUAUCACCAUCAGCAGAAUUCCUCUCACCUUCAUCAUAUUUGGGUGGCAGCAAACAUUUUAAAGGCAAAUAUUAUAAAACCUCUGCACACGAAACUGUUUACAUGGCUACAUUGCUACUGAAAAGUUUGGGGAUAUUUUGUGACACUCAUCAUAUAACACAAUAUUAUCAUAUGGACAUAAUUAAUCAGGAACUCGUGACACCUUUCUGAAUCCUGACCAAUAAUUGUUAAACACUACCAGCCACAGACAAGCUUGUGAGAUGUUCAAUGUCUACUCUAAUUUCAUAAAGUGUUCAGCUGAGAAUUUUGAAUUGGCACGUCAAUUUGUGCAUACAAAGCCAGGCUUAUGUCAGUGGUUAGAAAAAAAAACUAAUUUCUGGUAUGGUCAGUGAAAAGUCAAGCAAUUGUCACAGCAUGAAAAACAAAUAUUGGCAGUCCACAAAGCAUCUCAAUAGUUGCAGUAUGUCACAGAUAUGUCAGUUACAAAAAACGGUAUAUGACUUUUACAAUAUAAGAAUUGUUUUAUUAAAGCAUCACCUCAUUACAGUCUGGACUGUAGACUAAACGUGGGUUUUCAGCGAGGCUCCUGGGCUGUGAACCUACAUUAGGAACUUCGGCUGCUAAUUCAAUAAUUUAAAGUCACCUUUUCAUUAACUUCUCUUGAUCAUCAUUUUGUCCAAUUUUAUCUUGCAUUGUUGUUGAUAUUGGAUGUUUUUAAUCAGAUUUUUUCAAAUGUAUUUAUUGUAUUUAUGUAUUAUUUUUCAGCUAUCUCCUUUUGAAUAGUGUUUCCUGUUGCUAUUUCCAAGGAUAUUUCCUUUGUUCUGGUUUAAUGCCAACCUCUAAAGCACAUUGUAAACUCUGUCACAUAAAUGCUUAAAUAAAUGUUUUAUAAAAUAAA